CACGAUCAAGUGCUCACCGAGCCCACGGGAACGUGCAUAUAAGGCCGUUCCGUGGGAGCGGUCGGCACAUCCUCAACUGAGCCGACACUUCGAGCAUCCUCCGGUACUGUUCCAGGUAACGGCAAAUAUGAUCACACUGAAGUUCGGGACUUUUCUUUUAUCGUGCGUGCUGAUCUUUUGCCAGAUGUACAUCUCACAGGCAGCUCCGUCCAGAAGUCGUGAAGACCCCAAUGCCGAUGGAGUCACUCUAUCGAAUGAUGAUAUUAUGAAGUUAUUAAGAGCUAUUAAAGAGUUCAUGCAGCCGGCUUCGGACGAACAAGAGCGUCAAACAGGCGACGGAAGCAGCAGCCCAGAUCGGUCCAUGUCAAAGCGCUGCACCGGCCUAAGCACUUGCGUGCUGGGCAAACUGUCCCAGGAUAUUCACAAACUCCAAACGUACCCCCGCACAGACGUGGGCGCGGGGACGCCUGGAAAGAAGCGAAGUCUAGCCGAGCAAUACGAAUAUAAUUGAAAUCUUCUCUUCCUCGGUCACGUUGCUCGUUCAUCCCUCGCUUUGGACUGUUCAUGCAUGUCGGAGGAAUGUCCAACAUUUCUUUGUCGUGAGCUCGAGACGUGCACCGCGCAGUGUCGCGAGAUGAUGUCAAAUGUCAUUUUUUUCAUUGAUUUGUUUAUUAUUCAUCUGUUCCCCGCUGUUUGUCUUCACCUGUUGGUGACCGUAUUGCAUCCCUUCAUAUGAUAACACUAAAAUGUAAUAAUGGUGUCAACAUUUUAAAGUUAAAUUUUUUUUAAUUCAAGUUUCUAGUUGUAUUCUGUUUUUUUUUUCCUCUUUUUUUUUUAAUCCACUGCUGCCUUGAGGUACA